AUGAAGCCCAUCAUUUUUGCCCUAAUCCUAGCUGGUGGCACCCUCGCUACUCACCCGAAGGUGAAAGAGAAGGUCAGCAUUAAGAAGACCGACGACCUUGUAUUCAGGGCGGCCCUCCCAGAGUUCAUCAACAGGCGCAAUAACCAGGACCCUACUACUCUAGACUGGGACAGUGACGGCUGCACAGGUGUGCCAGACAAGCCUCUAGAGUUUGAUUUUUUGCCCGCCUGCUAUCGCCACGACUUUGCCUACGCAAACUACAAGAAACAGGACCGCCUUAACGAAGUUGCACGGCUCAAGAUCGACACGAUCUUCCAGGAAGACCUCUACCAUCAGUGCGAGAAGCAGCGUAAGCACAAGAAGUCUCUAUGCCGUACCUAUGCCAACGGGUAUUUCCUCGGUGCGAGACUUCUAGGUGACCUGAAUGCCAAGCUUGAACCGCGCGGGUUCCCUUCGACGCAGCCACCGGCCUACAUCCCGCCUGGCAUCAUCAAGACGUGGCCGGAUGUGAAGCCCGCGCUGGAUAAGAUUGAGCUCUCGCGGGAGAAUUAUGAGGAUCUCAAGAACCGCCUGAAUGGCCCCGCAAAGAAGUUCGUUGAAGACAUCGAGUCCAAGAUUGGUAGUCCCAGGCCCACCUUCCAGGAGGUCAAGAACAAGAUCGAUCAGCUGGUAACGGUGAUGGGGGCUAAGCAGCCCCCCAAGAAAGAAUCCAAGCCUGAGACAGGAUCCAAGCCUAAGACAGAAUCCAAGCCUGAGACAAAAUCCAAGCCCGAGACAGAAUCCAAGCCCAAGACAGAAGAACCCAAGCCCAAGAAAGAUGACAGUCCCAAGACAGAAUAG